UGUAAUGUAAAGUCUCAUAUAUCGGUAGCAGAGGAACUGUUUCGGGACUGUUAUCAGUUGUUAUAUAUUCAUAGCUUGUUAAACGUCUGUGAGGAAGGAUGAAAAUGAUGGUGAUUGUCCUCUGUCUCUUCAUUUCAGUCUUUAUUGCACAGGGGGAAUUAUCUGAAUCAAUACUUUGUGAGACAGAACAAGCUGAAUAAUAAACUGUCUGGAGAGAUCCCAUCCAACGUCCUGCACAUGGAGAGUCAGCUGGGUUGUGGGAUACUCUGUGCCCAGGAUGACACAUGCGCUUCUUUGACACAUCAUGUAGGGCAGUGCCACCUCUACAAUUCAUCGGUGUCAACAUCUGAUGUUCAAGCUCCCGGUGCAAGAACCUUCAUCAAACACGGGUAUGUGUAUCUGGGAUGCUACCUGGAUGACAAGGAAAGACUAAUCAACGACGAACACAUCGUGAACGACUCCAUGACUUACGAGUUGUGUCUGACUCAGUGCAGACAGGGCAACUUUCUUCUUGCAGGACUACAGGCUUAUGUGCAUUGUGUAUGUGGAAACUCCUAUGACCAUGUGAAGUAUACUGUCCAGAACGAAGGGGACUGCAACACUACAUGUGCUGGCAACAACAACCAGAUGUGUGGAGGUUUCUACAGACUGUCUUUAUUUCAGCUGAUCUGAACAACUCGAGGAACAAUGUUCUAUGUCGUUGUUUUCAUGUUGUUAAUGCAAGGGAACCAGCUCAGAAUUAAGAAUUUGAGUCUAACCUUCUUUAGCUGGGUAUCCAUUACAUGAUAAAUACAUGACAAGAUUGUAAUGAGCUGAUUUGCCGGCGGGGAUGUACAUGAGGUGAGUGGAUGUGUAGCUCAACCUCAAGGAGUUUCUUUCGAACAGCUUUAUCCUACUCGCAGUCGUCCUUACAUAGGCAGUCGGAAUACCGGAC